AUGUCCUUCCCUGAGCCUGUCUCUUUCACCAAGACAUGGCACUCCAAGCCAUACCCCUUCAUUGACCCUUCUCGUCCCGAGCUGUCUGCCGCCGGCAAGAACGUCGUUAUCACCGGCGGUGGCAGUGGAAUUGGAAAUGCUGUUGCAGUCGCAUUUGCCAAAGCAGGCGCCAAGUCAAUCUCGAUCGUGGGCAGAAGCACCGACAAACUCAAGCGCGGUGCAGAGAAUAUUCGCCGCGCAAUCCCACCAAAUAGAGUCACCACCGAAGUCAUCUAUGAGGCUGCCGAUCUCCUGGUCAAAAGCCAGGUUGACGCCGUUCUCCAAUCCAUCGUCGCAAAGUUCGGCAAAAUCGAUGUCUUCGUGUCGAACGCCGGUGUACUGCAGCAGCCCGGUCCGAUCACCUCUCAGGACGCGGACGCGUUUCUGUCUGGCGUGAGUGAAGGAAUCCGGAGUGCGUUCAUUGCCUUCCAGGCAUUUCUUCCGGUUGCCGGUCCGGACCCCGUGGUGCUUUGUACUUCAUCAUGUGUGGCGACUAUCACGCCAGUCCCGGGGAUUCCAGCGUAUGCAGUCAGUAAAGCUGCUACUCUGAAAGCGAUGGAGUAUUUCGCUGCGGAGAAUCCGCAUGUUCGUGUGGUCAAUAUUCAGCCAGGAUGGGUUGCGUCAGACCUCAAUGGUCAUCAAACGGAGGCUCCGGAUUCUCCGGAUCUUCCGGGCCAGUUCUAUCUGUGGUUGGCUUCCGACGAAGCCAAGUUCCUCAAGGACAAGUAUGUCUGGGCGAACUGGGAUGCGGAGGAGUUGGUGAAGAGGGCCGGCGAGAUUCAGGGAUCAAAGCUGUUGAACUGGAUAGUGGAAGGUGUUCCGAUAAGCAAGCCAUGCCCGUCAAAGAGCCUUCACAAAAAGUCAGGCCGCGACGAACUCACACAAAAUCGCGAUAUGGAUGCCGCAACUGCAAACUCCGGCGCGUCAAGCUAUUUAUCCUAUGUUGCUCCGGACAUGCACAUGUCGCUGGAGAUCGAAGUGCCGACCCCAGUCAGCAGGGAUGCAACAAUGAUCCUGGAGCUGGACAAAGCUGCUUCCAGUCGGCUCAAGUGGUUUGAAUGGGGAGGAACUGGAGCCAGUAUUUUCAACGCGCCCCCAAACGAGAUCCUCAGACUGGCCUUGCAGCGCCCGUACUUGAUGCACACAAUCCUUGCGGUGUCGGCCCUACAUCAGCGUCAUCAGAGUUCAGUCCCUGGACCCCAGAGUAAGUUCGAGGCCUACCAUGCUUCGGCCGCAGCUAGGCUCUUCCAUCAACAUCUCUCGCAGCACAUCCAGCCAGACGAUCGGGACUCGGUAUGGCUCACGGCGACGCUCCUUGGUAUCGUUGUCUUUGCGUCGCCCCCCACCUGCGCUCCGUCACGGUCCUGGCCUCUACAACCGGGCAGAUUGGACCUGGCAUGGCUGCGCAUGACUAGGAGUAAGAUGGUGGUCUGGGACCUCACCAAUCCGCUACGAGAGGAUAGCUUGUUCCGAAAUAUGGCGCAGGAGUAUUCAGAAAUGUUUGACGUGGACCCAAACACCCAGCUUCAAGACAUACCAGUAUCCCUGGGCGAACUGUGCGGUCUUUCGCCCGAUUCCACAAAAGACAAUAACCCGUACUAUAUCGCGUUGAAGACCUUGAGUCCUCUUUUAAAUCGACCAGUGGAAUCCCUAUCGAGAUCAAGGGCUCUCGCCUUUACUAGUCAGAUGACUCCAUCAUUUGAGCGUCUUUUGAGGGAUGAAGACCCAGUGGCCUUGUUGUUACUGGCAUUGUGGUAUGAAAUCGCGAGGCAAGUUAUCUGGUGGAGUCGACCGAGGGCACGAGUCGAGCACCAGUCAAUCUCGUUGUUUUUGAAGCAAAACUAUCCGAAUAUAGAGCAAAUCCAGCAAUUUUUGCAGUGA